AUGCUGGAACAGGGAAUCAUACGCCCCAGCCGCUCUCCAUUCUCUUCACCAGUCUUGUUGGUGCCAAAGCAAGACGGCACCUGGAGAUUUUGUGUGGACUAUAGGGAGCUCAACAAUAGAACCAUCAAGGACAAGUUCCCGAUCUCGGUGGUAGAUGAAUUGCUAGAUGAGCUCCACAGGUCUCAGUACUUUUCUAAGCUAGAUCUCAGGUCAAGCUACUUCCAGGUCCGGAUGGCCCCUAAAGAUGUGGAGAAAACAGCCUUUCGAAUGCAUCACGACCACUUUGAAUUCCUGGUCAUGCCUUUUGGUCUCACCAAUGCCCCAUCUACAUUUCAGGCCCUGAUGAACGAGGUAUUUCGGCCCCACCUCCGCAGGUUCGUCCUAGUAUUUUUCGACGACAUCUUAAUUUACAGUACGUCGUGGGUGGAGCACGUUUGUCACCUAAGGACAGUUCUGGAGCUACUACGACAGCACAAGCUCUUCCUAAAACGAACCAAGUGCUCUUUCGGAGAGCCGCAGGUCCUUUACCUAGGCCAUAUAGUCUGCAGGGAAGGAGUCUCGGUAGGUAAUUCCAAGAUUCAAGCCAUUCGGGAAUGA